AUGGACCCCGCGCAGCGCUGCGCGCCCUUCGGCUUGGCGCCCGGGCCCGACCCCUACGCGGCCGCCGGGGACGAGCCUCCGGGCGGCCAGGGCGCCUCGGCCUCCGCGUCUCACCUGCACCCCGCGCCGCCCCGGGGCCAGCGCCUGAGCCGCUUUCCGGCCUGCGGGCCCCUGGAGCCCUUCCUCCCGGAGCCGGCCGAGCCGCCCGCCAAGUACCUGCAGGACCUGGGGCCCGGCCCCGCGCCCAACGGCGGCCGCUUCUACGAGGGCCCGGCGGAAGCGGAGGAGAAGGCCCCCAAGGCCGCCAGCUUCCCCCAGCUGCCCGCGGACUGCCGAGGGGGCCCCCGAGACGGGCCCCCCACCCUGCAAGGCUCCCCGGGCCCUUGCCUGGCCAGCCUGCGCGUCCCCCUGUCCCCGAGACUCCCCGACGCCAUGGAGCUGGCCAAGAGCAAGAGCAAGAAGCGCCGCAACCGCACCACCUUCAGCACGUCCCAGCUGGAGGAGCUGGAGAAGGUCUUCCAGAAAACCCACUACCCGGACGUGUACGCCCGGGAGCAGCUGGCCCUGCGCACCGACCUCACCGAGGCCCGGGUUCAGGUCUGGUUCCAGAACCGCAGAGCCAAGUGGCGGAAGCGGGAGCGUUACGGGAAGAUCCAGGAGGGGCGGAACCCCUUCUCCUCGGCCUACGACAUCUCUGUGCUGCCCCGGUCGGACAGUCACCCCCAGCUGCAGAACUCCCUGUGGCCCAGCCCCACGGCCGGGAGCCCCCCCGGGCCCUGCCUGGUGUCGCCGGAGGGCAUCCCCUCCCCGUGCAUGUCUCCGUACGCCCACUCCCCGCACGGCAACGUGGCUGGCUUCAUGGGGGUGCCCGCCUCCCCAGGGGCGCACCUCUACUCCCUUCACAGCUUCUCCCCCGCCCCGGGGGACCACAGCUUCGAGGCCAGCCCCGAGGUCGACUACAAGUCUCCAAGCCUCGUCUCGCUCAGGGUGAAGCCGAAGGAGCCGCCCGGCCUGCUGAACUGGACCACGUGA